AUGGCCCAAACACUAGUUGACGGCGCCGUCAGCCAAAGGGAUGACAGUUUCACGGCAUCUGUCAAGAGAAAUACCCCGGCUUUGUCCCCUCGGGUAGUUGACCUGAUGGAGAAGGAAGGCAAGUACGUUGUUGGCGGUUUUACACCCCUACCUGCGUACAUUGCGAGCGGGGAGGGGUCGAAGCUUCAUGACAUUGAUGGGAAGGAGUACAUCGAUUUUAUUGCGAUGUUUAGUGCUGGCAGCCUGGGUCAAUGCCAUCCCAAGCUCGUUGAAGCUAUCACUAUGACUGCUCAAACUUCUACAAUUGUUAACACUUCUAUGCGCGUCGCCACAUGGCCCACGUUUGCCGAAAUGAUGUGCCGUCGAUUUGGGUACGACAAGAUCACCGCCGCUGUCACUGGAUCAGAGGCAGCAGAUACUGCUGUGAAAAUUGCUCGGAAAUGGGGUCGAGAAGUUAAGGGCAUCCCAGCAGACAAACUGCUUGUUUUGGGUGUCGGGGAUAACUACCAUGGCCUGACGUCGGGAAUUUGGCCUAUCAUGAACCCAGACAAAGAAAGAGAUGCGUAUGGAGUCUUCGACGAGAAGCUCACCAAUUUGCAUCCUAGCAAAAAGACACUAUUGCGGUACGGUCACAUUGAGGACAUGGAAGCAUGUUUGGAAGAGCACCAUAGCAACGUUGCUGCUAUUAUCAUGGAGUGUAUCCAUGGUCACCUGCCAGCCUUCGAAGAAGACCAACAAUACGCUAGAUCAGUUGCUCUUCUAUGCAAGAAAUACAACAUUUUGUUUAUCUCUGAUGAGAUUCGGAUGGGCGCCGGGAAGACAGGGCGCUUUUUCUGCUCCGAAUGGUUGGGCGAUGAUAUCAAACCUGAUAUGAUCACAAUCGGCAAAAACAUCACUGGAGGUGCCUACCCUGCUGCAUUCGUUCUAGGGAAUAACCAGUGCAUGUCACUGGUUAAGCCCUACCAGUGUGCGGGAACGUUUGCGCAUACGCCAAUGGCCAUCGCCUGUACCAUUGCCGCCUUGAAGAUCAUUGAUGAAGAAGGUCUCGUUGCACGAGCGGCAAACAUUCAACAACGGUUUCUCGACUUUACGAAGGACUGGCUGCGAAUGUUCCCCUUCAUUGAGUAUGUCACAGCUCGGGGAGCUGACCUCAACAUUACUCUUAAAUCAGACUACCACAAUCCUAGUGUCACAGCUAGGCGCUUUGCUGCCCUAGCCAUGCACAAAGGGCUGAUCACAUACCCAUUAGACGGACGUGUUCGGAUGUCAGUUGCAAUGACUAUCUCUGAUAAGGACCUGCAAAGAGGGUUUGACAUCCUACAAGACACUGCGACGGAAAUUGAGCAAUACGAGGAGAUUGCAGGUGGUGUUCAUGAAACCGAGUGAAUGUAUUGGUUUUCCCUGUCUUUCGGAAGAGGCUUAUUGAAGACUGCCUAUGCUUAUAUUUCCAAUAGCUCUUUCUUCUAUAUUAUAAAAUGUAUGGGGUCUGUUUUUAGAUUUGUUUACGCAUUCAAACUAAGAGUAUGUCAAGGCCCAUUUCAUCCAUGACCCUAGUCCAAUGAAGAGCAACAUCAACUGAAUUCAAAUCUUUCCGU